AAAGGCCCCCCGCCCUCUUUGAUUCUGGGAAGUGUGUAGAAGCACAUGGAGGAGUCCUAAAAAGCGGGGCGGGAGCGAUAAGAAAAGGUGGAAAUCGCAGAGGCCGUGGAGCAAAAGAUUUCUUGCUUUGUCCUGCACAUCGAGAUCGUUGGAGCCCUGCGACGAUGGCAGACUACCAUGCCCAAACUGAAGAGAUCAGCCGGGAGGGAGAGGGGCUGAAGUACUUGAACUUCGUGCACCUGGCGGCGAUGCAGGCGGUUGUGUGCCUGGCGAUGCUGUACCAGUUCGCGAAGAUGAGCUCGGGGCCGCUGAAGCCGGGGGUGUACCUCGCGGAGGGAACCGUCAAGGUCGUGAUCGGCCCCGUGUGUGAGAGGUUCCGUGAUGUGCCUUUCGAGUUCCUCAAGUUCCUCGAUCGCAAGACGGGCGAGUCGCUCACCGCGGUGGCACGGAACGUGGCGGCACUCCUGAAGUCGGCGUCGGCCCAGGCGUACAAAGCGAUCCAGAAGGCGCGGGCCGGGGCGGUGGCAAUGGCGUCGGGGGUGGCGAAGGAAGUGUACGUGCGCUGCGAGCUGGUGGCGGAGCGGUACGCUGUCGCGGCCUGGCGGUCGCUGAACCGCCUGCCGCUUUUCCCGCGGGUGGCGCUGGUCCUCGUUCACAUGGCGGCUUAUUGGGCUGCGAAGUACAACAGCGAGGUGGGAACCGCGGCGGGAAGGGGCUACGCGGUGGCACAGUACCUACCGACGGUGCCUAUCGAGAGGAUCACGAAUGUCUUCCUGGAGGAUUCGGAGAAGGCAAGGCGUGAACGCACCGCCAAAGCUGUAGCGGCGGCAGAGUGACCGGUGGUACUGUUGAUGGAAAGCGUGCGGCUUCCUAAUAGUUUAUCUACUAUGAAAGAAUACGUAUUUGGUGUGCUGUGCUCCGAAUACGAAUAAGUAUCGAUGCUAUCGAAACCAACGGAUGGUGUAGGAUAGGAUAGAAUUUGUCCGAAUUAAAGGUUGCUUGUUGUAGAAAAUGUUGUCAAUCACAUGGCUAAAUGAAGAAUUGAGUAUGAAAAUAUCGUUCUACUUGGAAAUA